AUGCGGUCCCGAGGCGUCAUCAUCCAGCACACGGUGCGGUCCCCUCCAAAGUCCACGGUAAAGUUGAUGGAUCCGAAUCGUUGCUGUUGA